UUCUCUCUUCUCAUUCUCUCCUCCUUCUUAUCUUCACCCCCAAAUAAUUUAAUUUCCUUUCCUCUGCUUCCAUUUUCUUCUAACAUGAGCGUUGUCCUUCUUCACCCUCGGGAUUCUCUCACCAACGAUUCACCUAACCACUUCCAAACCAUGAAGCUUUCAAACCCUAAAACCCAUCGCUUCCGGAACCGAAAGAAGCGAACCGAUUUCGGCCCACAAGAAGCAUCCACGAAACCUGAAACCAGCAAGAAGCCCCUGGGCAUGGGUCAGGUGAAAAUCCUAAAGCGCGGCGAGCAGUUGACCAAAACGACGCCGGAUCCACAACCGCAGAUGAAAGCCGCGGGUUCGACGGAGAAGGUUGAGGGGUUGUACGCGGGGUAUUCUCUACUCGUGGUGUCUCCGUCUCCUAGCUCCGUUCCGUUGCCGGCUUUUAUCACUAAGAAGAUUGCGGCUGUGAGUGAUGCCACAACGGAUUUAAGGAAGAUGUUACGUUUAGAUUUCUCUUAACCUGGUGAAGAUUUGUGAAACGAGGAUUUGAACUGAUGUUUGUAAUUGGGGCCUUUAGCUCUCGAUCUUCUCUUAUUUUUUCAGCGGGAAGGUCGAGGGUCAAUCUCUAAUUCUGUAGCACUUUGUUCAGAUUAGCGUACAUACAUGUAUUUACUGGGAUUCGUCUUGUUUCUCUUAUGUUCCUUACAUAUGUCAUAGGAUAGGUUUCUUUCCUUUCUCUUUACUCAAUUACCUUUUUUUAAGUAUUUCAGUUUAUCAUUAGUUGUCUCCUUAAGCUGGGUUAUGCUCCCUUAGUAAUUGUGUAGGAUGUAGGAGCAUUUUCCCCUUCUUUGGUGUUUUAGUUUUACGAGUUUCCAUCAAAUAAAGAGUUGUGUAGUAUUUGUAUUCUCU